AUGCCGGCGGGCAUGACGAAGCAUGGCUCGCGCUCCGCCAGCUCGCUGCCGCCCGAGCCCAUGGAGAUCGUGCGCAGCAAGGCGUGCUCGCGGCGCGUCCGCCUCAACGUCGGGGGCCUGGCGCACGAGGUGCUGUGGCGCACCCUGGACCGCCUGCCCCGCACGCGGCUGGGCAAGCUCCGCGACUGCAACACACACGACUCGCUGCUCGAGGUGUGUGACGACUACAGCCUGGACGACAACGAGUACUUCUUCGACCGGCACCCGGGCGCCUUCACCUCCAUCCUCAACUUCUACCGCACUGGGCGGCUGCACAUGAUGGAGGAGAUGUGCGCGCUCAGCUUCAGCCAGGAGCUUGACUACUGGGGCAUCGACGAGAUCUACCUGGAGUCCUGCUGCCAGGCCCGGUACCACCAGAAGAAGGAGCAGAUGAACGAGGAACUCAAGCGCGAGGCCGAGACGCUCCGCGAGCGCGAGGGCGAGGAGUUCGACAACACGUGCUGCGCCGAGAAGCGCAAGAAGCUGUGGGACCUGCUGGAGAAGCCCAACUCCUCCGUGGCCGCCAAGAUUCUGGCCAUCAUCUCCAUCAUGUUCAUCGUCCUCUCCACCAUCGCCCUGUCCCUCAACACGCUGCCCGAGCUGCAGAGCCUCGACGAGUUCGGCCAGACCACGGACAACCCCCAGCUGGCCCACGUGGAGGCCGUGUGCAUCGCGUGGUUCACCAUGGAGUACCUGCUGCGCUUCCUCUCCUCGCCCAAGAAGUGGAAGUUCUUCAAGGGCCCGCUCAACGCCAUCGACCUACUGGCCAUCCUGCCCUACUACGUCACCAUCUUCCUCACCGAGUCCAACAAGAGCGUGCUGCAGUUCCAGAACGUCCGGCGCGUGGUCCAGAUCUUCCGCAUCAUGCGCAUCCUGCGCAUCCUGAAGCUGGCGCGGCACUCCACCGGCCUCCAGUCCCUGGGCUUCACCCUGCGCAGGAGCUACAACGAGCUGGGCUUGCUCAUCCUCUUCCUCGCCAUGGGCAUCAUGAUCUUCUCCAGCCUCGUCUUCUUUGCCGAGAAGGAUGAGGACGACACCAAGUUCAAAAGCAUCCCGGCCUCUUUCUGGUGGGCCACCAUCACCAUGACGACUGUGGGGUAUGGAGACAUCUACCCCAAGACUCUCCUGGGGAAAAUUGUAGGGGGGCUCUGCUGUAUCGCCGGGGUCCUGGUGAUUGCUCUUCCCAUCCCCAUCAUCGUCAACAACUUCUCCGAGUUCUACAAGGAGCAAAAGAGGCAGGAGAAAGCGAUCAAGCGCAGAGAGGCUCUGGAGAGAGCCAAGAGGAACGGCAGCAUCGUAUCCAUGAACAUGAAGGACGCUUUCGCCCGCAGCGUCGAGAUGAUGGACAUCGUGGUGGAGAAGAAUGGGGAGAAUCUGGCGAAGAAGGAUAAAGUACAAGAUAACCACUUGUCUCCCAACAAGUGGAAGUGGACAAAGAGGACCCUGUCCGAAACCAGCUCAAGUAAGUCCUUUGAGACCAAGGAGCAGGGGUCCCCUGAGAAAGCCAGAUCCUCGUCGAGUCCCCAGCACCUGAACGUGCAGCAGCUGGAAGACAUGUACAACAAGAUGGCCAAGACCCAGUCGCAGCCCAUCCUCAACACCAAGGAGGCAGCGGCACAGAGCAAGCCAAAGGAAGAACUGGAAAUGGAGAGCAUCCCGAGCCCCGUGGCCCCUCUGCCCACUCGCACCGAGGGGGUCAUCGACAUGCGGAGUAUGUCGAGCAUCGACAGCUUCAUCAGCUGUGCCACGGACUUCCCUGAAGCCACCAGGUUCUCCCACAGCCCCCUGGCUUCCCUCCCCACCAAGGCUGGGGACGGCGUGGCCCCAGAGCUGGGCUGGCGGGGAGCCCUGGGCGCCAGUGGGGGCCGGCUCGUGGAGGCCAACCCCACCCCGGAUGCCAGCCAUGGCUCCGGUUUCUUCAUCGAGAGCCCCAAGAGUUCCAUGAAAACCAACAACCCCUUGAAGCUCCGAGCACUCAAAGUCAACUUUAUGGCUGGCGAGCCCGGUCCACUCCUCCCCGUUCUGGGGAUGUACCAUGACCCUCUGAGGACCCGGGGGGGUGCUGCGGCUGCUGUCGCCGGCCUGGAGUGCGCCACACUCUUGGACAAGCCUGUGCUGAGCCCAGAGUCCUCCAUCUACACCACAGCGAGUGCGAGGACACCCCCCCGGUCGCCCGAGAAGCCCACAGCAAUAGCAUUCAACUUCGAGGCAGGCGUCCACCAGUACAUUGAUGCUGACACAGAUGACGAGGGCCAGCUGCUCUACAGUGUAGACUCCAGCCCUCCCAAGAGCCUCCACGGGAGCGCCAGUCCCAAGUGCAGCGUCGGGGCGAGGUCAGAAAAGAACCACUUUGAAAGCGCCCCCUUACCCACCUCCCCGAAAUUCUUAAGGCAGAACUGUAUUUACUCCACGGAAGGGUUGACUGGAAAAAGCCUCAGCGGCCAGGAAAAGUGCAAACUCGGGAACCACAUCUCCCCCGACAUCCGCGUGUUGCCAGGGGGAGGAGCUCACGGGAGCACUCGGGAUCAGAGCAUCUGA